AUGUCUUCAUAUGCUAAAUUCUUGAAAGAGAUAUUGACCAACAAAAAUAAUCUCGAUGAAGAUGGAACGAUGACGCUGAUUGAAGAGUGCAUCGCUAUAAUCCAGAAUAAGAUUCCAUCAAAAUUAAAAGAUCCAAGGAGCUUCUCAAUUCCCUAUGUUAUCGGUAAAUACAUCAUCGACAAAGCUUUGUGCAAAUUAGGAUCCAUUGUAAGCUUAACUCCUCUUUCUAUCUUAAUGGACAUUAAAAAAGAUAAUCAUAUCCCAAUCUUAUUAGGUAGACCAUUCUUAGCCACUACUGGAGCUAUAAUAGAUGUAAAGAUAGGAAAGCUUACCUUCGAGGUUGCUGAGGAAAAGAUCGAAUUUAUCUUAUCUCAAUUAAUGAAAACUCCUUCCAUAGAUGACACAUGUUUCUUUGCAGAUAUAAUAGAUGAGUGCAUCAAGAAGUUGAAAUCAGAGGCACCACCAACAGAAGAGUUGAAUGCGCCUCCGACAUGA